CGAGCUUUUCGUGCUACCACUUCCGGGUCGGAGGUAACAUCCAGCCAGGUCGCCGUCCGUCCCUCCCUGUCGUCCUGUCCAUGAUUACGGGCUGACGAGCCGCCUCCCACCGCGGUGGUCCUCGUCGGUUCUCUUGGUCCUCUUUCCUCAUGGCGUCCAGACGACCGGACAACUUCGACGGGCUCGCGUACCGCGGCGGCCGAGACGAGCCUCACUACUCGGCGGCUUACUCGACGCGGAGCGCCGAGCCGCCACCGCAGUACCUCCACUGGGUCACCACGCCGCCGGACAUCCCCGGCAGCCGCAACCUGCACACCGGAGAGCGGACGCCACUCUACGACGAGGCGCCGGGAGCGUCCGGCGGACCCGCGGGGGAGCGCGACUGGAACGCGGCGGCUGGCGGCCCGCCUCCGCCUGAGCAGCUGAAUCGCCUGGCGGGUUUCGGCAUCGGACUGGUCAGUCUGUUUGCAGAGAACGUGCUGACUCAUCCGUGCGUGGUCUUCCGCCGGCAGUGCCAGGUCAACUACCACGCGCGCUGCCAGCACCUGUCGCCCUUUGGCGCCGUCGCCGUCAUGUACGCCAUCGGCAAGGCUCAGGGUCCCCGGGCCUUGUGGAAGGGGAUGGGCAGCACCUUUAUCGUGCACGGCGUCACGCUGGCAGCUGAGGGCAUCAUCGGCGAGUUGACGCCGUUGCCGCGGGAGAUCCCUCACCGCUGGAGCGUGGAGCAGCUGGCCGGUCAUUUCCUGCUCAAGGGUUUGACGGCGGCUGCGGCCCUCCCUUUCUACUGCUCCAGCCUCAUCGAGACCGUGCAGAGCGAGAUCGUGCGCGACGAGUCGUCGUCGGGGCUGCUGGAUUGCGUGCGGGAAGGUCUGGCUCGCCUCCUGGGCGUGGGCGCCCCCCACAGCCGGCGCCUGCUCCCCCUCAGCUGCCUCCUGCUUCCGGCCGUGUGCCACGCCGUCCUGCGCUACGCCGUCGCCGCCGCUGUCCAGCGCGCCGCCCUGUGGCUGCACCGGCGCGUCGAGGGGCGGCGGCCGGCCGAUCCGCCGGCCGACCCGCUGGAGGCCCACUUCCCGGAGCUGGCGGCGGCGUGGCUGGGCUCGCUGGUGGCCGACGCGCUGCUCUUCCCGCUGGAGACGGCGCUGCAUCGCCUCAGCCUGCAGGGCACCCGCACCAUCAUCGACGCCACAGACGGCGUGGCGGGCGGAGACGGCGGCCCGCUGGUGUUGCCCGUCAACACGCAGUACGACGGUGCGGCCGACUGCUUCCACUCCAUCCGCCGCAAGGAGGGCUGGGGCGCCUUCUACCGCGGCUUCGGAGCGCUGGCGGCCCAGUUUGCGCUGCAUGGCGCUUUGCUGGCCGCCGCCCGGACGCUUCUGAGGCUGCUGCUGGACGCCAAGGUGGGCUAGAGGGCGCGCAGUGGCGGCGGCUGCACGCUCGUCCUCCUCACGCCACCCUGGAAACGGCAAAGGUCCACGUGUGUACAGUCAUACAUAUAUCUAGAAGAUAGCGUUGUGUGUCAUUGGGUCGGGACAAAUGACGCGCAAAAACGACCCCGUUCUUUUGGCUUUGCUCUGCCGGGCGGGGGCGGGGCAGCGCCGUUUCUCUGGGGGUCCUCACACAGUCGUGGCAACUGCGCGCGUUGAAACCUCCAUCCUCACGAGCGCAAACGUGGCUCACCGCAUUGAUCGACUCAUGGCACUUCCACACUCAAAUAUUGUCCUUUAGAAUGUUUACUUGCCCAAUGCAAAUAUGUUGCUUUCAUUGUUUUCCCCGCGCUGUAUGUUUGUUGUGUAUAGGACAACGCUGUUAUUUAGCACAAUGACCUCACCAUGUGUCUGUGUGAGCGCAUGAAGCCAAUAACCUUUGCAAAAUUGUCAGCAAGCCAAAGUGGAAUAAAUUCAAAUCCAAAUGUCA